AUGAAAUCUAUUGACGAGAGUGAGGGGGCCGAGUGGUGGCGAGAGGCGGGCCCGGGUGGUCUGUCUCCGCCGUUCCCACACACGCACACCACCGGCAAACUGGACUCCGCCGAGCCGCUCGCUCUCCGGUCACAUACAAGUAAAAAAGCUGCGUUUCAGGAUCUCGACACCACCCUGAAAGUUGAAGAAUCGCCGCCCCCCGCGAAGGCCACCACCCCGGUGCCGCCGGCCAGAAAUCGAAAGCGAAAAGUUGUCGAACUCCGGUGCCCCGAGGUGCGAUGGUUCUAUCGCAGGAAAAACGCCGAAAAAUGGACACCGCUCCGAGGCCUAGAUUCACUUCGACUUGAGCUGCGGCAUCGCGAAUUGGAGGGCCUAGAGAUUGACACCCAGACGCAGACGCGGAUGAUCGACGAGGGAAUUAGUGAGACGAACAACGUGGUGAUUCUCGAUGGGUUGUACAAAGCUGACGACGACUUGAAGACGUGCUCGUCGUUGUACUGGAAAGAAGACACGGCUGAAUUACGACGAGGCACGUGGUUUCUGCCGGAUUGGCAGCCGCUAAGGCCCGAAAUGGCCGAUGCUAUCGAGAAGAACCAUUUACAACAUUUUCGCGGCCAAACGAUUCCCGACGGUGUUUCGAUGUUUUCGGAAAAGGAGGCCGUGAAAAAGCCGCAGCUCACCGAACUCGUGCAAGACAACUUUGAGGUGCGCUGGAGCUCGGUGAUCGACGUCUUCCUCUUCAACACGUCAAAAGCCAGCCGCUUUUUGAGGUACAUCUCCUGGGGUCGCCCGGCUUCGCUACGCCGGGGCUACGAAAAGGAGGGCGAGUGGGAAGACGCGUCGCCGAAAGUCUCGCAUCUGAUCCUCGUCGUGCACGGCAUCGGCCAGAAGGGAUACGAGAAUCUGAUUGCCGAAAAUACCGCCCAGAUUCGCGAUGCCGUCUACGCUCAAAUGGACAAGUACUACCCGGAAGAGAAGACGCGCCCCAUGUUUCUACCCAUCGAAUGGCGCGCGGCCCUGCUGCUCGACGAGGGCCUCACCGACGUCGUGACGCUGCCCAAGAUGGCGUCGAUGCGCGAGACGCUGAACAGCACCGCCAUGGACAUCAUGUACUAUCAGAGCCCGUUGUAUAGAAAGGAGAUCAUUGGCGGCGUGGUGAAGCAGAUGAACAGCGUCUACCAGCUCUUCAUGAAGAACCACCCGUCAUUCACCGGGCCCGUCUCCAUCUUUGCGCACUCGCUGGGCAGCGUCAUCUCGUACGACAUCCUGACGGCGUGGAGCCCGGUGUUGAUCUACGAUCAGUACGUCUCCAAGGCUAUUGGCGAGCACCUGAAUACCGUUGACGAUCGUGAAGCACUUGGCGCGAUGCAAGACUAUCUGGCGGCCCGCAAAAAGCUGCACCAGAAUUUUCAAGGCGGCAUGAAGGCGCUGUUGGUGCCAAAGGACGAGCAGCUCGAUUUCAAGGUAAAAUCUAUGAUCGCCGUCGGCUCGCCGCUGGCCGUUUUCCUCGUCAUGCGCGGCGCGGAUCGGCAGAGUAUCGUCACGGACAAGGGAACGCGCAUCUACAACGUUUUCCACCCGUACGACCCGGUGGCCUAUCGCCUGGAGCCGCUGUUCGCCCCCGAGUACCGCCACGUGCGCCCCGUCAAAAUCUUCACGGCGUCCGACUUCCGCGGCCGUGACCCGUACGACGAGCUGCCGAUGGAGCUCCACAAGGCCUACCUCAAGAAGAUGAAGCACGCGAACAAGGCGAAGAAGGACGGCGAUAAAGAUAAGAACGGCGAUCUGAAGUCUGACGAGAUGGACGAAGAAGACUCGGACGUCGACGAGGAGGUGCAGUCUGCUUGCUCCUCCCCUCGCUCCAUCUCCCCGCCGAACGUCCCGAUUGAAGCGGCUGCCGGCAGUCUGGAGAAGCCAAUUAAAAAGGGCUGGUUCUCCGGCUGGAACACGUCCAACGCCAAGGAGGCCGCCAUGAAGGCGAAGGAGUUGAAGGACAAGGCCGAGAAGCCGCGCGAAGAAAGCGAUGUUGAGGUGGCCCGCGAGGCGCAUGAGAUUCCAUCCGAGAAAUUCUCCCCGCUUGACCGGCUGCUCGAAAACGUGUCCAUGGAUACGCGGCCGCCCUUCCGGAUCGACUACGCCGUCCAGCCGGCGCUCACCGACAAGAGCUAUUGGUCCGUGCUGAAGAGCCACUUUGCCUACUGGACGAACACGGACAUUGCUCUCUUUCUCGUCAACGUGCUCUACGACUCGGGACGGGUGAUGACAGCGCCAAAAGACGCGAACAGCCAGGAGAUGCGGGUGACGGUGGCGCGAAUC